ACAGCCGCCUCACUAUCGACCCUGCUGGCCAAUUGCUGAUGCUCGGUCGUGCGCCAGCCGUGGCUGGGUUUGGCCCCGUGCGCCGCGUGUCAGUGUAUCGCAUAUCCGCCCGUCGCCUUCGCGUGGCGACUAGAUGGUCUUCUCUUCGGCAGGCCACCUCCAUGGCGUUAUGCAUCGUGUCCGGCCGUUCCAGUCGGACUUCUGCGGCUAGAUCGAAUCUCAGUCCAGCUACGAAGGCCCCUACUAGCGCAUCUUCAGACCAAUCUCGCACGCGACAGGCCAGUCGUUCAAACUCCUUGAUGUAUUCACGCAAAUUGCCUCUCCCUAAAAUCUCACAUGUUCAAAACUCUUCGGCGCCUCGCUUGUCCGCGUCGCACGCGUCCUCCGCGCACGCGCGCGCUAUCGCGCACGCCUUACGUGUGCCACCCUCCUCUUGCACGCGUGCGCCCAGUGCCUCGCCUAGUCCCGUGCGGACUAGGUCUCUGUUCGCGUCAUCGCCACUCGUGCUCCCAGCGCGCCCCGCACGUCCAUCGCCUGCUGCUCCGCGCGUACCGCCAACACCCUCACCAUCGCCCGCUACGCCUAUGCCCUCACGGAUUAGGUGUCCGCCCAAAUCGCUGGUACUCGCGCGCCCAGCGCUCUCCGCGUCCUCGCCGCCCAGGCCCCGCGCGUCCCGGCCACCGUCCGCGCUCCAAUCGCCUAUGGCGCACCCUGCCGCGUCCGCUGCGUUGCACGCCGUGAUGCCACCGAACGCCAACGCGUCCCAGUCGACGUCCGCGGCCUGCUCGCACCCGCGUACGCCCGUCGUCGUGUUCGUUACCCUAUCGCGUGCAUCACGGCCCGAUGCGCGCCCCACGCCCGAUAGCCGAUCCUCCUCGACCCCUUUGCCAACCGACUCCGUUGGCUCGCCCGGUGGCCAUGGGUCCCAUCCGUCCAACCCAAUACAAUCACCAGCUCGCCAAAUCCAACCAUCCUUCAUUCUACUCUUACCUCCCUUUCGAACCACCAUCUUGCGAACUCGCCUUUUCCUCGCACACGGCUUGCACCAACACUUCUCCUCUUUUGUCUUCGCCUU